UAUAAAAACAAUUACGUACCACUUUUAUGGUGUUACAUUUGCACAAUUUAUGAUGGUAUAACUCAUCCGGGUAUUUUCAAGUUUUGACGGUCAGCACGAACAUAUAAAUAAAUGUUGCAAAGUAUGUCUAGGUACUCAGUACUCAUUGAAGAUGACAGCGAAAAGUAAAGCCGAUAUGCACGUCAGGGAUGAAGAGAUUUUAGUACAACCUAUUUUACACACUCUCCAAGCUGGAUCAGAAAAUCACAACAUUGCGAAACAAUGCGUGGGAGUUUUUAAUUAUUGGGUUAAGUGUCCCAAAGACAUACGAAAAAAAUAUAUCGAAAUUGGAAAUGAGUUCCACAAUAUUUUUGUUGCACAAGACGAUAUGAUAGACAAAACGAUACUUCGUAAAGGAAUUCCUUCAGCUCAUUUGGUUUAUGGGAUUCCAUUAACUGUGCAAGGUACAAUAUACAAGGGGACGUCCUUAUUUCAAAAUAUACUCUGUCAGACAGACCACAGUAAGGAAAUCGCUCUUGAUGAUUUCAUUAAGUUUGGUAUUGAUUUUUUCACUGGACAGUCAAUGGAAUUAUAUUUUAUAAACACCGGAAAAUGUCCUACAUUUGAGGAUUACAGAGUAAUGAUGUACAAAAAAUCUACCAGUCCCCUCAUAUGGUCAGUCCGGUUGCUAAAACUGUUUGCUAAGAACGUGGAAAUUAACUUUAGUACAGAUUUUUGCGAUAAAAUGGGUCAGUUUCUUCAAAUAUAUGAUGACUACCUAAAUUUGCACAAUCCUAAGUACGCCGCUCUUCGUGCCUUCUGUGACGAUCUAGACGAAGGAAAAUGCAACUACCCCAUAAUUCAUGGCAUUCAAAGUUAUCCAGAUGACCAUCGCCUUCUAGAUAUGUUAAAAAGAAGACCACUGGAUAUAGAAAGUAAAAAAGUCUUUGUAAAUAUACUGGAGAGUUUUGGAAGCUUCGAGUAUACACGGAAAGUACUCGAAGAUUUGAAAGAUGAAAUUCUCGCCGACGCAGAAAAAAUGAAUAUGGGAAAAAAUCCAUAUUUGGAACGAAUUCUUCAAAAUUUAUUUGAUAAUUUCGAAACGGAGACUUAUUACGAUCGUUGUGACUAAAGCAUACACAGCGGUGAU